UUGCAGUGGAUAUACGAAGGAUCCUCGUGACUUUUCGAUAAAAAAGAAAAAGUAGAUAUUUAUAUUGAAACACUGAAGUCAGAGACGCAAUUAGUACUCUUGUUAUCCAGAAUCCCAUUCCAUGGCAGAAGCAUCCACAUUUCUGGCUACGCAAAGGCAUGCUGUGGUAACGGGAGGGAACAAAGGGAUCGGGUUGGAGAUUUGCAGGCAGCUGGCCUCGAAAGGGGUGACGGUGGUCUUAACUUCAAGAGACCAGAAGAGGGGUCUCGAGGCUGUUUGCAAGCUGAAAGAAGAAAGCUCCGUCACUCUCUCCGGUGAAGUGGUUUUUCAUAAGCUUGAUGUUACCAAUUCCGCAAGCAUCGACUCUCUGGCUGAGUUUAUCAGAACCCAGUUCGGAAAGCUGGACAUUCUGGUGAACAAUGCUGCGAUUGUUGGAACUGUCAUAGAUUAUGUUGCCCUUACAGGUGCUGUUGAGCGUGUUGGUGGUUUGCCAACUGAUGACUGCGAGUGGAAAAUGAUGGCAAACCAGAAUUACCAAUUGGCCGUGGAAUGCCUGGAAACGAACUACUAUGGUCCAAAAAGAGUGACAGAAGCUCUCCUUCCCCUACUUCAACAAUCGAAUUCUGCAAGGAUUGUCAACGUCUCUUCAGUUUCAGGACUCUUGCAGAAUAUUCCAGGGAAGUCAAUUAGAGAUGCCCUGGGAGACAUUGAAAACCUAACAAAAGAUCGAAUAGACAAGAUCUUUAAGGAUUUCCUCGGAGAUCUCCAGCAGGGCCAGUUAGAAGCCAAAGGCUGGCCUGAGAAUAUGUCCGCAUACAAGCUGUCGAAAGCAGCCUUGAAUGCUUACACGAGGCUCCUAGCGAAAGAUUUCCCAUCCAUCCUGGUGAACAGCGUCUGCCCGGGCUUUGUCAAGACGGAUAUGACUGGAAACAAUGGAUUUCUAAGCGCUGCUGAAGGAGCAGAGAGCCCUGUACACCUGGCUCUUCUCCCGGAAACCGGGCCUUCUGGCCUCUUCUUCUCCAAGAAAGAAGUCUCUAAUUUGUAAGAAACAAAGCUUGUUUCGUUGAGUAUCUGGCAGUAAGACCAGAAAUAUCAUGUUCCAAAAGUUAUGGCUUCUCUAGACCAACAGUUUAUGUCGGUGAUCAUAUUAAGUGGAUUGAAUAAUUGUUCAUAACACAUUUAUUUCAUCUUAUUAUUCAGCAAUGCCUAUGAAUGAAACUUUUGUGAUGUAAAAAUGAA